ACCCAACCAAUAAGAAUUUGUCUCACAGGAAGAGGAGGGAAUUCUAUUACUAAAUCAUUUUUAAUUAUCUAUUUAUUUAUUUUUUUAAUUAAUCCCUUAUUUAAUUUCUCUCUCGUUGCCCGUUACAUUAUCUGCUGACCUGGCGGUCCGAGCACCGCCUCAACGGUAGCGCAGAAUCGGAAGCGGGAAAUCUUGGGCCUUUCCUUUCUUGGCUACAGAGAAGGAAGAUGGCUGCUUCUAUCUCCUCCUUCUCUCUUUAUCAUCGCUUCCACCGCCAGCCCCCUCACGCCCCCGCUCUCCGCCUCCCUCCUCCUGCCAUCCGCCCCAUGCUCGCCGCCUCACGGAGCCGAAGAGUUCUUGCCCGUGGCAAGUUCGAGAAAUUCGACCGCGUGGACUCGAGCGCCGGCAAUCCCGCGCCGUCUCCUCCCGACCCCGCCCAAUCCGAGACACCCGAUCAAGAACAGCCACAAGAAUCGGAGGACGACAGCGUCUUACCUUCAGACCUGGUGGAUGCGAUCCGACAGUCAAGUCAAGCGAGCGCCAUGUUUAUAUCUUCCGGGGGAAUUCGAGCAAUAGUAGAACUUUUAAUCCCGCAAUUGCAAUUUCUUGAUGCUGAAGGGGCUCAAGCUGAACUGUGGGAAUUAUCUAGAAUAUUUUUGGAAUCGCUAAUAGAAGAGACAGGUAUCCAGAGAGUAAAAGCCAUUUUCCCUGAUGCUGGAGCAGCUGCUCUUCUAAAAUAUCAGUGGAAAGAUGCAAACUUUGGAUUUUCCAGCUUAAGUGACCGGAAGCCUGUAGCUGAUGAAGAUGAAGCUGUAGUUAUGAUAGUUCCUGAUUAUCAGAUGUUGGAAUAUGUGGAACGAAUUGCAGCUCAUCUUUCAGAUGACCCUCCAAGAUCUCUUAUCAUGUGGAACCCACGCCUUGUCAGUGAAGAUGUUGGAGUUGGAUUUAAUGUCCGCAAGUUGCGUAAAUACUUCUUAAGCACAUUUACUGUCGUUUACUCCUUGAGACCAUUGCCAUCUGGUGCAAUCUUCAGAUGCUAUCCAGGAAUGUGGAAAGUGUUCUAUGAUGAUGUAAAUAGGCCAAACAGAUACCUGCUAGCCAAAGAACAACCCACCCGUCCUGACGCAACAGAUAUUGAGCUUAUAUUUGGCAGUGUAGCCGAGAAAUCUGAGAAGGAGCCUUCAUUGUUGGGUAAAGCCAUGAGCAUGUUUACUUCACUAAAUCGGCUUAUGAAAGCCAUCUCCAGCUGAACCUUGAUUUGCAUUCCUUAAAAGAUAAUAGAGACCAUCAAGUCAUUAUUUUGUUUUUUGGCUUGUCAGAGAUUAAAGAAACCAUCUUUUAGAGAUUUUGGCUUGUUUAUUUGACCUAUAACUGCAUUCUCUUUAAAUUUUGUUCCAUAUCAUACAUUCUUGUUAUGGCUUAUCCUUU